AAGUUUCUUUUAAGGAUUUUUUUUUUAUUUUUAUUUUUAUUUUUUUUUUUACUUCUUUAUUUAUUAUAGACAGAUAAUAUGAGCCCCUUGUUUCAAUUUGACAGUUGUCCUAGAGAUGAUGCCACUUUGAUCCGAUACUCAAAAAGUACAUCCACUAGUCGACCUCUCAUAUCAUCAUCAUCACCCUUAUCACCACGGAUACCACAACCAUCAUCUUUACAAUCCAGUUCGAAUCAUCUUCAAGCCAUCGUUGAUCAGUAUCAAUCUCAACCUGAACUAUUAAAGAUGAUUCUCAAUACAAAACUUGAAGAAGAUAAAAGAAAGGCAGAAGAGGCUCGUUUACGUGCUAAAGAGUUAGAUAUUUAUAUGUCUUUUCAUGGAAGAAAUGACGAGGAUGAUGAUCGUGUUUCAACUCCCCCUUUAUCUCCACAUCAACAUCCUUGUUUAUCCAAAUCAUCACCAUCAUCAUCAUCAUCAUCAUUGCCAACGUCACCACCACCACCAUCAUCAUCACUAACAAAUGGUCGGAAAUCAAUCUCAUACUCUAUCGAUUCUUCAUCUACCCAUCCUUUGGAUACCUCUUUUCCAUAUUUCAAACCCAUUUCAAUUACCCCUGAACAUCAAGAUGACAUUUCAAAGAAAAUGACAGGUAGAAAACGUCGAUCCAUGCAAGCAGUGACUAAAAUUGUAGAAACCAAGGAUCCUUUGUAUAAAGAUGAUUACCUAUGGAAAAACAAUGGUAAUACCAUUCAACGCAAAACUGGGUAUAAAAGUACUUAUUAUAAAUGUUCAAAUGCUUCAAAGGGUUGUCCUGUCAAUAAAACCAUUUUGUUCCAAUCCUCUAGUGGUGAUUGUAUUAUCAAAUAUCGUGGUCAUCAUCUACCCUUUUGUGGUAAAGUGGAGCAUGUAUAUGAUCUGUAGUCUCAUCAUCAUGGUGAUAUGACAUGUUACACAAUAUGUCAGAUAACUGUUCAUUCUUGCUACUGCUGUUAUUCCUACUACACUUUAUUCAUUCAUUCAUUCUAUCAAUAUGCACACAAAUUUUAUAUGAUUUAAUAUUCCC